AUGAGUGUUAAUAAAAAUCGUUCGAAUACAAUUUAUUUAAAUCAAUUAAUAACAAAUAUUCCUGUACGACGAAAAAUAGUCGAUCAUAAUGAUCGAGAUAAAUUCGAAUGGAAUCAAUGGCAAAGUGCAACAAAAUCAAUUAAUAAUGUUGAAGUAUCACCGAAAGAAAAACAUGUUAGAAAUCUUAUUCUUGGUACAUUUCGAUUAGAAGGUUCUCGUCUAUUUUGGACAAUGAUGACUAGAAUUAAUAUUGAAUCACAUUCGAUUAUUACUUGGAAGUUUUGUUAUAUUAUUCAUCGACUUUUAAGAGAUGGACAUCAAAAUGUAGGUUAUUAA